AUGGCUUUGCCUCAAAAAAAAUAUUACAGACAACGUGCACACUCGAAUCCUAUUGCUGAUCAUUGUUUUGAAUACCCUGCACAUCCAGAUAGCUACAACUGGUCGGAGCUUUAUCCUGUUAUAAAUACUGAAUCUGGUAAAAGCAAAAAAGUAGAAUUUUUAGAUGUUGGAUGUGGAUAUGGUGGACUUUUAGUGACCUUAGCACCAAUGUUUCCAGACAAUCUAAUAUUAGGUCUAGAAAUAAGAGUUAAAGUUUCAGAUUAUGUAAACGAUAGAAUUAAAGCAUUGAGGACUCAAUUUCCAAAUCAGUAUGAGAACAUUACAGUGUUGAGGACAAAUGCUAUGAAAUAUUUACCUAAUUUUUUUCAUAAGGGUCAGCUAAAAAAAAUGUUCUUUUUAUACCCCGAUCCACACUUUAAAAAAGCUAAGCACAAGUGGAGAAUUAUUAACAAAUGGCUACUGUCGGAAUAUGCCUAUGUACUUGCUGAACAAGGUAUGGUGUAUACAAUCACAGAUGUAAAAGAUUUACAUGAAUGGAUGGUGACACAUUUUGAAGACCAUCCAUUGUUUAAAAGAGUACCCGAAGAAGAUUUGAAAAAUGAUAUAAUUGUAGAUAAGCUUUAUGAAAGCACAGAAGAAGGACAAAAAGUGACUAGGAACAACGGAGAGAAGUUUCUAGCAGUUUACUUGAGAAUACAUGAUACUUAUAUGGACAAUAAUAACCAAUUAUGUUUACAA